GCAGGCAACUGAACAACUAAUUGAAUCAUUAGCAAUAUGUGGCUUAGCCAUUCACAUGCAACAUGGCGCAGUAAUCACAUAACAACAAUUCGAAGCGCUUUAGACUAAAAUAAGCUACUCGUGUUAAGCGUUUUGCAUACCACACGCCCACCUUAAUAUACCAAUACACAAUCUAAUUAAAUUAAUUCGACAUUUGUGCAAAGUUCACGCUGAAAAUCAACGAACGAAUUGCUAUUGCAUACUUACUAGUUGCCAGUUAAAACGUUAUGCCGCUAGCGUGCCGUUAUUUUAAAUGUUACUGCAACCGUUCAAGCGAAAACUACGUGCAGGUCUGGGACGACAACAACAGCAACAACAAGAGAAACAACUGAGGUAGCCGUAACAAAAAUAUACGCAACAUUGACUUUGGCCUCGGACAGCGGGGACAGCAACUACAAAAAUAACAAUAACAACACAAAUAAUAGCAACAACAAACGCAAUAAAAGUUGCACUAACAACAAAAUAAUGAAAUCAGCAAAAACCAAUAACAACAACAACUAAGCAAUCAACCUUUCGCAUUCGUUCAUGCCACAUUCAAUAUACAAAAACAAUUGGGUGGCAACCUUUUUGCUGGACAACUAACUACAAAGUGUGCGCGCAUAAAAACGCCAAAUAGGGAAGGUGGCGCAAAAACAAAAACAAAAACAAACUAAAGUUCAGCGAACAGUGAAUGAGGAAAGUCAAACGAAAACGGAAAAUAUCAUAAUAUGGCUACAAUAAAAAUUCGACAAUUGAAUUCAUUUAAAUUGCAACAGCAGCAGCAGCUGCAGGAGGAGUUGCCGAAAGCCAAGUGCCGCGGCGCAAUCGCUUUGCUGUUUAGCCGUUGUACGUAUUGCGCAACAAAUUAUUUGAAAAGUUAUUGCCGCAUUAAGCGUCAUGGUGUUAAUAAAAAUAAAACUUUAUGUUGGCUGACAUUGACUUUGAUUUUAUUGAGCUGCAGCAGUUGGCAUGGACGGCGCGGCGAACGUGGUGGCGGCGGUGGCGGUGCGUUCUGUUAUGCGCUCGAUAUCGGCACCUGCAAACAGCCGCUCGGCAUGGAAUCCGGUGCCAUCGCUGAUACACAAAUUACCGCUAGCUCGGCGCACGACAUGGGCAAUGUGGGCCCACAACAUGCCAGACUAAAGGUGGAUAAUAAUGGCGGCGCUUGGUGCCCGAAGCAUAUGGUCUCGCGUGGUCUCAAGGAGUAUCUGCAAAUCGACUUAUUGCUAGUGCAUGUCAUCACAGCGGUACGUACGCAGGGUCGCUUUGGCAAAGGGCAAGGUCAGGAAUAUACCGAAGCGUAUGUACUCGAAUAUUGGCGGCCAGGCUUUGAGAAGUGGUUGCGCUGGAAAACGAUACAAGGCAAAGAGAUACUAACAGGCAAUAUAAAUACUUAUAGUGAAGUGGAAAACAUUUUGCAGCCGAUCAUUUUCGCCUCGAAGGUGCGGAUUUAUCCAUAUAGCCAAUAUGAUCGUACUGUCUGCUUGCGCGCUGAAGUGGUCGGUUGCCUAUGGGAAGACGGCAUCGUUUCAUAUAGCAUACCCAAAGGCGUACAGCGUGGCAUGGAAAUCGAUCUAUCAGAUAAGACUUAUGACGGGCAUGAAGAGGGCGAUCGUUUUGUUAAUGGGCUGGGGCAAUUAGUCGAUGGACAAAAGGGCAAGGAUAACUUUCGCACCGAUAUACAUGGCUUUGGAAAAGGCUAUGAGUGGAUUGGCUGGCGUAAUGACACACCAAAUCUAUUGGGUCAUCCAGUCGAGAUUACGUUUGAGUUCGAAAGCGUACGGAAUUUUAGUGCAGUUAUAUUGCACACAAAUAAUAUGUUCUCCAAAGAUGUGCAGGUUUUUGUCCACGCAAAAGUCUUCUUCAGCAUUGGCGGUCGUCAAUAUGCCGGUGAACCUGUACAAUUCUCUUACAUGCCUGAUACUAUACUGGAUCAUGCACGUGAUGUGACAAUCAAACUUCAUCAUCGCCUAGGAAAAUAUUUACAGUUGCAUUUGUACUUCGCGGCACGUUGGAUAAUGCUCAGUGAAAUCACAUUUAUAUCGACACCCAUUGUUGGCAAUUUCACCGACGAAGAUUUCGCUGGUGGUACGAUUGCUGCGGGUGCAACACCGCAAGAUAAUGCCGAGUAUCCGUUUCAGCGUGAUGAAGUGGAGCGCGUCAUUAACGGAAAAUUUGGUGAACGCAGUCAACCGCAAACACCAUUGGUGAUUUCACCCAAACCCAUAGACCAUCCUGAACCGGAGAACAGUUUGAUUGGCUUCAUUUUCGCCGUAUUGGUGGCCAUCAUAUUGGUGCUCGUUGUGGUCAUACUCUUAAUCGUUAUACGUAAUAAACGCGGUCGUGGCGGCAAUGUGCUCGAUGCAUUCCAACACAACUUCAACCCGGAUACGCUUGGUGGCGCCGACAAGCGGCUCAAUUGCAAUGGCAUGAAGGCCGUCACUAUGGACAAUGACACGGAGUCGAUUGACAAGAGCAGCCUCUACCAUGAACCGUUCAAUGUGAAUAUGUACACGAGUGCAGCGAGCGGUUGCUCCAUGAAUGACAUGCAACGGCAACAUGUCACACCGGACUACACAGACGUCCCGGACAUUGUUUGCCAGGAGUACGCCGUACCACAUAUGCAGGACCUACUGCCCACAAGCACACAAAAGUCCAAUUCCUUAUACGGCGCCAGCAUGGGCGCUGGUGGCGGYGGUAGCAGCAACUAUAGCACCAGUGCACGCAACACACUCAACAGCAUGUUUCAAUCGAAAUUGUCGACCGCUAGUCAAAAAUUACAACAACAACAACAUCAACAUUCAUAUCAGUCACAACUGACGCCACCACCACCACCGCCGCCGGCACCCAACUCGGCAACAACAAGCACACACUGCCCGCCACCAAUACCGCCCYUACCGCCAUUAUURGGCAAYGCCAGCAGUAAUGAGAAAUACUAUGCAACCACAGCGAUUUGCAAAGCAAAUGCCGCCACAAAUGCCUCGCAUGGCAUUGGCGGUGGUGCGGUCGGUGGUGUGAGCACAAAUGCUGGUGCUUGCAAUACAUUACCCAAUGGUAGCAUUGGUGGCGGUAGCGGCAGUCUCGCCUCUACAACGGCCAGUCUGGCAUCCAGCUCGACAACGCCAACGGGCGGCGGUUAUGGUUAUGCGAGYUCUGCCGCUACUUUAGCUGCUGUUAAACCGCAUCAUUACAAUCUGGACAUGAGUGGAAAUGGCCUGACUGGCCACGCCAUCGUCGAUGUUAACGAAGAGCUGGCUAAUUUUCAAGUGCARGAGUUUCCGCGACAAUCGUUGGUGAUAGUGGAGAAAUUGGGCUGUGGCGUUUUCGGUGAGCUACACUUAUGCGAAACGAAGGGGAUGAGCGCCAAUUUGGUAGCAGUAGCCACUCUCCGACCCGGCGCACCCGAUCAUAUGCGUAAAGAGUUUCGCAAUAAAGCGAAACAACUCACCCGCCUCAAUGAUCCGAAUGUGGCGCAUUUACUUGGCGCCUGUUUGCGUGACGAGCCCAUUUGCAUGGUGUUCGAUUACUCGGAAUGUCUGGGUGACUUAAAUCAAUUUCUGCAGGAGCAUGUAGCCGACACGACGCAUAGUCUACAAGCGGGUAUUAUGACGAAUAAGAGCUUAAGUUAUGGCAGCUUGGUGUACAUAGCUACGCAAAUUGCAUCGGGCAUGAAGCAUUUGGAGCAAAUGAAUUUCGUGCAUCGCGAUCUGGCAACAAGAAGUUGCAUUAUUGGCCCGGAAUUGACGAUAAAAGUCUGCUCCAUUGGCACUGUGAUAAAUCGCAUCGCUUACGCGGCCGACUACUGUCAGCUGGAGGGUACUUCCGGACGUCAAACGCAACCGAUGCCAAUACGUUGGAUGGCCUGGGAGAGUGUGCUGCUGGGCAAAUUCACAUCGAAAUCGGAUGUUUGGUCCUUUGCAGUGACGCUUUGGGAGAUAUUAACUUUUGCACGCGAACAACCCUACGAACAUUUAUCGGAUGAGAAGGUGAUUGAGAAUAUCGGACAUAUCUAUGCGGAUGAUAAGUUGCAUGAGCUACUGCCGAUGCCACUAAACUGUCCGCGUGAAAUUUACGAUUUAAUGUGCGAGUGCUGGCAGCGCAACGAAUCGAGUCGACCGAAUUUCCGUGAGAUUCAUCUAUUUCUACAGCGUAAAAAUUUGGGCUUCAAGCCCAACAACACAAUGCAUUACUAAAGUGGUGUUUUGUUCACAAAAAAAAAACAAAAAAAAACCAACGAUUUAUAAAACUGCUAGUGAACUUACUAAAGUAAGAACGAAAAAUACAUGUAAAAAAUUGUCUGCAUAAAAUCACAAUGAUUGGCGCCGCCUGCAUGGCCGUGAAUACUUAGUAUUUGAAGUAAAGUUUAUAAAUUUAAUUUAUAAGUAAACUCGGCGAAUUUAACACUUAAAGGCAUAGUAGUAUGUAGCAAGAGCUACAGUGUGUGUGAAAAAACGCAAAUCUUCGGUUUAWUCAGUAGAUUAGUAACGAAAGAAGUAGGUGCAUAAGGUAUGCUGUCAUUACAUACCUAUAAUUUAUAAACAAACUUGUAUUUAUAKUUAUGUAAUUAGUUAUUUUACGCUCAAGAACUAAUAUUCAUCGAAGAGACUUAUAACGAUUACGAGGUUAUGUAAUUUUUUUUUUUUUUUUAUAAAUUUUAACACCGGCUCAAAAAGGUUUAUAUUUUCCUUUCAGAAAACUAAAAAGUGUGCCAUAUUUUCAUAAAAAUGUAAUAAAAAUUUAUUUGAGUCACUAAAUAAAUAUUUACUUCAAUUCAAAAAGCUAUACAUUUAAGCACAGAAAAUGAAAAAAACCAACUUCACAUUCUACUAGGCUUCUAAAAAAUMUAUUCAAAAGUAACUUAUUUUCCUCGAUAAUAAGGGGGCGCAUUCCGAAGGACCAUUUAUCGAGAGCGCAACAUACUUAUUGUAGAGGCAAGUCAGUAGAUACUGCCCUGCAUACUAUCGUGCCAUUUUAUGAGGAAGCCAUUAAGCUUAAAGAAUUCGCUGUUGGGACCUUMUUUUAAAUAGAUGGAGCUUGCAAUAAAGUCCUGUWAARKAAGCWGUCGUAACUGCUCUGAAGGAUCUUGGAGUUGAAUCCACACAUUUUCAGUCUUCUGUGUGACAGAGUGAUUGAAACGAGUGGAGAAACGCACGUGCUCGACGAAGUGUGAAUAGGGGAAUCCCAGCGUAAAUGGUCUUASCAUCAACCCAAAUAAAACCAAGAUGAUUUUUUUCAUUGAAAGCUACAAGAUGCCAGCGCCACCGCUGCCAGAAAUCUGACAUUUCCGUCUGCAACCAGCGAAGAAGUUGUAGUUGGGAAGAMGCCGUUGGAGAAGAGGGGCAGUGAGCUUUCUACGGAUAGGAAGUGGGGUUUACUAUCAGGAGCUCUCUGCCAAAUCCAGUUUCAGACUUCCUGACUAUUGCCGUGUCUUCCAGGCCRAGCUGGAAUGCAGCCUUCUUCAAAAAAGUGAUCAUCCGCUCAAAAAGCAGAGCGAUACUAGCCUUGAACUUAUUAAUAGUGCGUUCARGGCUGGUCAAAGAAUGCCUAACCUCGCUAUCAAUAGCAUCGAGUGUCUUUGUGAUGAGACUGGUAUGGGCGCCAGCCCACAGCGGAAUCGCAGGAAAAUGUAAAGCUGAUGGCUAACAUAAAAAGGUACCCUAGAAUCGCUAUUUAUAGAAUGUUAGCGGAUCGGGGCUCCCGUAUCCUACUAGACAGCGAGGCUUCAUGGAAACUUGGCCAGGGCUGAGCCACAAUCGGCACCUGGGCUGUCGCCCAAGAUCCAUCGCAAGAGAUUUGUGAAAUUUUUGCCUUCAUUAAGGCUAGCCUCUCUUUUAAACAUUCAUAAUUAUGUGAUGACAGAUACCGCAAACGAUGGAACAAUGAGCUGUAUGAAUUCUACGACGACAUUGACAAUGUUCCAUGAAUAAAAGUCACCAGCUACGCUGGCAAGGUCAUGUCGACCGAAUGGGCGAAAGCACWCCAGCUUUGAA